CAAUUAUUUUUAUGUACACUGAUCCUGUGGCAGAAUUAUUACGGCCAAAACAAUCAAAUCUAAUUAAAUCAAGCGACUCUGUAGGAUCCUAUCGUCCAAAAAGUAUACAAUCAAAUCGCAGCAACAAAAAUAUAAUAUCCCAAUAAUAAUAACGCCCUCCUUCUUAGUAGUCUUAAGUUGGAAGCAAUGGUGCAAAACGAAUAGUUCAUAUUGGUAGGAAUGGGAAGAAAAUCGAAUAAUUGUCAAGCAUUGCACCUGCUAAGACAACAAAUGAUCUUUGCUAUGAAUUCGACCCAUUUGUUUUAGAUCAGAUAAGUCCCGAAGAUCCCAUUUGGAGAUAGAUAUUGCCAGAUAAUAUGCCAUUAGAUGAGUAAACUUUAGAGAAAUUAUUGGAAGAUAACCCAGAUUAUUUUUAUCAUCAUCUUGGAUUUUGUGCAUGCUAUCGAUGCAAAUGUGGCAGAUGCAGAUGUGAUGUCUCGAAUUAAGUUAAAUUAAAGAUAAAUGGAUCGUUUCUAACUGUUUAUGAUAAGGAUUUCAUUCCUCAUAAAUCAAGCUAUAAUAAUCUAACACCCUUGAAUUCUAAGACAUAUGCUACAAAGUUUCUCGAUUAAAAGACAAUUGAUUUUACUACCUCUCAUCAGCAAGACUAUAAGGAAAUGCCAAUUCAAUCCACUGAGAGCUUCAAGCCUCCCUAUAGACCAUAAUUGGGAUCCAUGUCCAACUUGACUAGCUACAGAGUAUGAUCUUCCUCUAUAUUUAGUCUAAUUAUAGUAAUUGGGGCAACAACUAUUAGAGAUUUAGUAGAUAUCCUCAUAUAAGUACAAGCACGGACAUCAAAUUCAUUGGUAAAACUUAAUAUUAGGAUUCCUUUGUUCCCCCAAAUAGCUGGAAAGUGGAAAGUCAAAAUUACUUUAAAAGUGAACUGUAACAAUAUCUUAUUAUCAAAGUUCUCCGAUGCCAACAGGUCCUUUUGUGGGAAUGACUACAAGUCAAUAAAACUUUUAACCUUUCAAAGUAGCAAGAAGUCCUCAAAAGCCAACACAUCAUGUACUAUUUACCUAAUACAUUUGAUUAGAAAUAUGAAACUACUCCAUCUUUUGAUGGAUAAUUCACAUCUACAGGAAUGAAGGACUUUACCCAAUAAUAGGAUGAUUAUUGUCCUGCUAAACAAUUUUAGAAAAUAUUUAGAAAGAAAUUGGCAUAAAAAGUGGAGAAGAAAAAGGAAAAUUUUAUAGAACGUAGAAUCAAUAAUGCAAUGAAAAAUUGAUUGUUUUUAUCUAAGUUCAUUU